AUGGGAUGCACCAUUGAUCACGCGCAGCUGUCUGCCUCGCUGAGUGUUGUGCUGCAGGCUGCUCGGGACAUUUCUCACCUUGGGCACCACACCAGUCUGGCGGGGUACGGCCCGGCAGGACCCGUCAACAUCCAUGAGCGCGUGCUGCGCGCGAUGUCGGUGCCGGGCCAGAACCACCGCGACCCCUGGUUUGCAUCUUGGUGGAAGGAAAUCCUGGAGGAGUCAAAGCUGAUCUAUGGCACGCAGCGCGGCACCCCCUUCAUCUUCAGCGGCACCGGCACCGGCGGCUGGGAGUCUGCGCUCACCAACACGCUCUCCCCGGGCGACAAGGUGCUCACCUUCCGCUACGGCCAGUUCUCGCACCUGUGGGUGGACAUGAUGCAGCGGCUGGGGCUGGAGGUCGAGGUGUACGACCGCCCCUGGGGCGAGGGCGCCGACGAGGCAAAGGUGGAGGAGGUGCUGCGAAACGACACCUCCCACAAGAUCAAGGCGGUCUGCAUCGUGCACAACGAGACGACGACGGGCGUGACGUCCGACGUAGGCGGCGUGCGCGCGGCGAUCGACGCCGCGAAGCACCCCGCGCUGCUGAUGGUGGACGGCGUGAGCAGCAUCGGGGCGCUCGAGUUCAAGUUUGACGACUGGCGGGUGGACGUGGCGGUGACGGGCAGCCAGAAGGCACUCAGCCUGCCGACGGGGCUCGCGCUGCUGUGCGUCAGCGACAAGGCGCUGGACGCCCGCAAGACUGCGAAGCUGCCGCGAAUCUACUACUCGUGGGACGACCAGCUCAACACCAACCCCAGCGGCAACGUGCCCUACACCCCCAGCCUCAUGCUGCUGCACGGGCUCAAGGAGUCGCUUGCGCUGCUGCGGGAGGAGGGCUUUGACAACGUCGUGGCGCGCCACCACAGGCUGGCCGAGGGCACCCGCAAGGCAGUUGAGGGCUGGGGCCUGAAGCUGCUGUGUAAGCACCCGCGGUGGCAGAGCGACAGCCUGACUGUGAUCGAGGUGCCGGCCGGAAUCGACAGCAACCUUAUUGUCAAGAACGCCUACUCCAAGUACAACCUGUCUAUCGGCAUCGGCCUGUCCAAGGUUAACGGCAAGGUCUUCCGGAUCGGCCACCUCGGGAACAUGGACGAGCUCAUGAUGUGCUCGGCGCUUUCGGGCGCGGAGAUGGCCAUGCUCGAUGCCGGCAUGAAGAUCACGCCCGGCAGCGGCGUCGGGCGCGCCAUCGAGUACUGGCAGAAGACCAGCAAGGUCAUCCCCACCCGCGAGGCCUAA